GGAUAACUGCAGUCAACAGUCCAUUUGCUGAAAGAGUUGAGGAACCAUUUUUGGGUCACUGGCCAUGUUGAGUCUUGUCAUUUUCUGUUGGUUGAGUCUCAACAUGGUGCAGGUGGCAUCAGGUCUUGUUCGCACCAACCGUAUGGAGGAAUCACAACCAAGUAUGAGAAGAACAGACAACUCUUUUUACUCAGACAUCACUGUGCAGGACUCAGUUCCUAGAGUGGACUUUGUACAACCCAGAAUUGAUUCAGUGGAGGAACAAUUGAUGCUGGAUCCUGGUUCCUAUGAUGAGUACUUGCAGGAUGUGACUGAUGUGGUACAGCUCCAGAGGAGAGGUUCUCGCCCUCCGGGACGGUGCAUCCCGCACCAGCAGUCCUGCCUGGGUCACCAGCUUCCCUGCUGUGACUCCUGCGACACCUGUUACUGCCGCUUCUUCAAGGCCUUCUGUUACUGUCGCAGCACGGACCACACCUGCAAGCCCGGCCGUGCCUAGCACUGACCCCAGCGUGCCCCUGGCUGCAGGGUCAAACCGGUAAAAGAUGUUUGUUUAUAUAUGCACACAUAAAAACAAAACUUCUCUGCUCAGUUUAUCAGCAGUGCAAACAUAGGCUCAUACCUCAGUAAUACUCGGGAAUUGUUGUCUUUGUUUGUUUGUGCACAUAUUAUGAUGUUAUUUAUAUUUAUUUUCUUGAAUUUUGAAUUUGUUAAAGUUUUGAAUUUAAUACCUAUAGAAUGUUAAUACAUGAUAAUAAUAUGGACAAAAUGGAAAAUGCCUCUAUGCCUCAUAGCACAAUUUGUUAUGUACAGUUUUGUUUUUACUGAUAUAUUUAUUUCAUUUUAUUUAUUUAAUCCUUUUUUGUUUCAAAGUUGAAACAGGUAGUGCCCUCAGGUCUGUAACUACUCAGAGACAGGUGACAUAUCCCAGAGUGCCUCUUAUUGCCAGUUACUGCUUUUCUACAGGCUUAAAAUUCUCCUACUGUGUCAUAAAUUC